AUGGCAGAGGCAAACCCCCUUGCUGGGAGGGCCCCAGCCAUUUUCCUGGGGGAGAGGCAGACACAUCUUGCGCCAGCGGAUCCUCCCACCGCAAAGCGCACCAAGUGUAGAGACGCAAUCCAAUACCUAUCACAGCGUCAUCGACUCCCAGUUGCCCAGGCUCAAACACCGCCCAUCAAGUUCAGUCUUCGUCAGGUUGCCCACAAUCUCCCUCUCCCACUUGGCUUUCUUGUGACCCCAGCUGAGCCAGGCGCUCUUAUUCGACCGAAUGGGAGGACCAGCAAACUAGCUCAUGGAGCAGCAAAUCUUAUCGUUGCAGGUGUGUUUGGCUCCGCCUGCUCCGCUUUUUAA